CUCCAACCCCGAUGCCUCCCCGCGGGGCCGGGGCCAUGGGUGGGUUGUUUCGCCCGCCAGGCUCAGCCCCGUGAGACGUGAGUUUCCUCUGGAGGGCUCAGCGCCCCGGGAGAGGGCUGGAGGCGGCUCUGCGGGACUGCGGGGGCAUGGAACGUGGGGGCACGGGACGUGAGAGUCCUUCCCAGGAGCGGGAUGGGAGUGGGCAGGGGAUGUGCCCGGAUCACAGCUGACUCAGCUGACUGGUACGAGCAGAGGCUGGGCUGGAGGAUGAGCUGCUGGGGCCUUUUUCCCUCGGCCACCCGAGCGUGCUGGGAUCGCGGGAACCAGGCUGGGAGGACACGGGCCCUGCAUCGCCCUGCCCUGCCCGUGCAGUGGGAGGUACAAGACCUCCAUUCCCAGCAGAGCAGCUGCCCAGGCCACUCAGCCUCCAGCACGGCAGCGUCACCACUGGGCCCAGGGACCCGGCCCUGAGCCAUGGCACUGCUCACCCACCUCCUCGCCUGCGCCUUCGGCACAGGCUCCUGGGUGGCCGUCAAUGGGCUGUGGGUGGAGGUGCCUCUGCUGGUGACAGUGCUACCGGAGCAGUGGGACCUGCCCUCCUACAUCACCAUCAUCAUCCAGAUGGCCAACGUGGGACCACUCUUCGUCACCCUCAUGAACCGCUUUCGGCCUGGCUUGCUGAAGGAGGUGGCUGUUAUCUACGUGAUUGUGUCUGUGGGUGUCAUAGCCUCCUUGCUCCUGUCUUUCCUCUGGAACCACACUUCUGUCAUCGCUGGGAAGUCCCACAGCGUCGCCUUCCUGAUCCUCACCUUCUUCCUGUCCUUGGUGGACUGCACCUCCUCCGUCACCUUCCUGCCCUUCAUGAUGCAGCUGCAGCCCCAGUACACAACCACCUUCUUCAUCGGCGAAGGGCUCAGUGGGCUGAUCCCUGCUCUCAUCGCCCUGGGACAGGGCUCCGGCAUGUCCCGCUGCGCCAACAUCACCACUGGCAAUGAGACUGUGGAGAGCACCAUCUUCCAGCUGGAGACCCAGUACCUCCCACCCAACUUCUCCACCCUUGUCUUCUUCCUGCUCAUGACUGCAAUGAUGCUGACCUGCUUGCUGGCCUUCUUCUUCCUCACCCGGCAGCCCAAGGUGUGGGAGCUCUCCCAGCAGCAGCUCUUUCCCAGCAACAUCAUGCUGAACUCAUUUGACCAGAUCCUUGACGAGGCAGCUGACUCGCAACUGAAGAACAGCUGCUCAUGCUCGAAGGAUCCCAGGGGACCCGGGGACAUCCUGCCGGAGGUCUCCUACUCCCUGACCAAGCUCACCUUCAUCUACCUCGUCAUCGCCUGGGUGAGCGCCCUGACAAACGGGGUCCUGCCAUCUGUGCAGUCCUACUCCUGCCUGCCCUAUGGCCACACCACCUACCACCUGACUACCACGCUCAGCUCCAUGGCCAACCCCCUGGCCUGCGUCGUGGCCAUGUUCCUGCCCAGCAGGUCCCUGUCCCUGAUGGGCUUCCUCACCAUGGCAGGGACAGGCUUUGGUGCCUACAACAUGGCCAUCGCGGUGAUGAGUCCCUGUCCACUCCUCCAGCAGUCACAGUGGGGCGAUGCCAUCAUUGUCCUCUCCUGGGUGCUGUUCACCGGGACGCUCACCUACGUGAAGGUGAUGGCCGGGGUGAUCCUGCGGAGCCGCAGCCGCGGUGCGCUGGUGUGGUACGGGGUGCUGGAGCAGCUGGGCUCCCUCCUCGGGGCACUGCUCAUGUUCCCCCUCGUCAACAUCUACGGCCUCUUCAAAUCCGCUGACUACUGCAGCCUGCAGUGCCCGGUGGGACGGGUACCCCAGGACUGACCCUCUUGCCAGCACCAGCUCCCAAAACCAGCGAGGCUGGGUGGCUGGGAAGCAGCGCUGGGACUGGGAUGGCUGCAGGCACGUCUCCCCACCAGAUUCUGCCAGGUCCCCAGGCAGCAGCAGCUCCGUGGCUUUGUCCACAGCCUGGCUACAGGGUGUCCUCACCACAUGAAAGCAA